AUGUCUUUUUCGCAGCGGCAUCCCGGGGCCCCGCACCCCGGCCUCAACGAGCGCUGCCCCCGGCGCCCGGCCCCACGGAAAGUUUUGCUUCUCCCGUGCCUCCCCCGGGCCUGGGCACCGGUGCCCCACGCCCGCCCGCCCUGCCUCCGGCGCCGCCUCGCGCGGGCACCGGCUCGGCUCCCACACCGGAACAAGAUGGAAAACAAUCGCAAAACGGAUCCCGCCACAGCCCUCCUUGAAGUGGAGGUUAUAAGUGAUGCCAAACAUGUUGCUUUCUGUAGGCUGGGCAUGGACGGACUGGAAGCUGCAGAGGGAUCCAGCUCUGGAAGCUCAGAUGAUGACAGCGAAGAAACGCCUGGUACUUCAGGACUGAGCUGCUCUGCUCCAGAAAGUGGCAGUGAUGAUGUUGAGGUGGCAGCUGAAAGUCCUCAGAGUUCAGGAGGAUUGAGCACAGACCUUGCAUCACUGGCAAAACCACAGAGCCCAGUGACUGACUCUGGGCAAGACAUUUUAGAGGAUGGAUACUCUGAGCUGGGAGACACAUGCACAAAGGAACACAGGACGAGAAAGAUGGUCAGAGAAACAGAGGAGCCCUCAGGGAGAAACGAGGCAGAGAGGCCUAAGCCCACAGAAAAGGACAUAGCUGGAGCUGGGCUCAAGAAAACCGAAGAAACAGAAGGCAUGACUGACAAGGACAGAGUUGCUGUGGUAACUUCUGAAGAAGACAGGGAAAUUAGCCCCAUUUCCAAGCUGGAGGAGGCAAGCCAUCCAGGAGAUGCAGUUCUUGGUCGAGGAGCUGUGGAUUUGCUGGCAUUCAGUUCUGCAGCAGAGCUCGAGUUGCUGGGUUUGGAGAGGCUCAAGUGUGAACUGAUGGCGCUUGGACUGAAGUGCGGGGGGACCCUGCAGGAACGCGCAGCCAGACUCUUCUCUGUCAGAGGCCUUGCGAAGGAGCACAUUGACCCAGCUUUAUUUGCCAAGCCAUCCAAAGGGAAGAAGAAAUGAAUUUCAUUAGAGCUAACUUCUCAUGUGUUUUCUACCAAUUACUCCUGCCUGAGGUGGACUUGUGGCCAAUACUCCCAUUUAUAUUAAAAGCCAGUUUUUUAAUGACCCAGUA